AUGUGGUUACUUGUAGCUAUCAUACAAAUUACGUGCAACUCCCUCCUGCUGCCCUCUUCCACUUCUUCUACUAAAAGUGUUAAGAAGAUACCUGACGCCUCUACUACCUCAAACGCCCUUACCCUUAGUUUUUCUACAUCGACCCGCCAGUCAAAAGACUCAAAUAUGGCCAACACUAGUCUUCCACCAGCCUACACUGCCGUAGAGAAUACUGGCACGCUCGAACGACCUGAAGGUGCGGGCAUUACUAGGACACGAGAGGAAGAGGCUGCAAAAUCCAAGCGGCAGAAAGCAAAAAUAGCUCAGCUGUGGGCCGAGACGGGUGAGUGGGGACGCGCGAAGCGGACGGUGUGUAAGAGAGAAAAGGAGAGGCGCAAGGAGAGGAAGUUGGAAGUGGAAAGAGAGAAAGAUGGAGAGAGAGCGAGAAGGAGGGAGUGGAAGAGCAGACGGGAUAUGUUGAUAGAGAGGGAGCGGAGGAAAGCGAAAGAGAGGGGGCUAGAAGUGGAGAGAGAGAGGGAGAGAGAGCAAGAGGAGGAGAGGGAGCAAGAGCAGGAGAGGGAGCAAGAGAGGGAGAGAGAGCAAGAGGAGGAGAGGGAGCAAGAGGAGGAGAGGGAGCAAGAGGAGAAGAGGGAGAGCGAGGGAUGCAACGAGAGUGCUAGAGAUACGGCCACAGAGAUGGAGAGCUGGAGGACAGGGGACAGCGAGAAAGAUGCUAUCGUCGCUGCCGCCACCGUUGUUAGGCUGCUUCUCGUCCAGAUAUACUUGCAGAGUUCUCUACCAUCGUGA